GGGCUGAGGAAAGGGGUAAGUAUUAGGUGUUUCGGAGCAAACUUGGGGACACCGCCUGAGCUAAGGCAUUCCUGAGGAGAACACUGUCCUGAGCGUUUCAUACUCUGCUGAUUUUCUGCAUCUCACGGGGAAAGAUCUGGACUGCUAUGAAAUUUAUCUUCUAUUUGGGUGUCCUUGCUGGGACAGUUUUCUCUGCUCACUCAUCUGUGCAGAAAGAGGACGAUGCUCCAUAUCUGGUAUACCUCAAGUCUCACUUCAACCCCUGUGUGGGUGUCCUCAUCAAAAACAACUGGGUGCUGGCCCCAGCUCACUGCUACUUACCAAACCUGAAAGUGCUGCUGGGAAAUUUCAGGAUCAGAGUCAGAGAUGGCACAGAACAGGCAAUUAACCCCAUCCAGAUUAUCCGCUACUGGAACUUUAGCCACAGCAACCCCCAGGAUGACCUCAUGCUCAUUAAGCUGGAGAAACCUGCCAGACUCAACAACAAAGUCCAGCCCCUUCCCCUUGCCACCAGCAAUGUCCGGCCAGGCACCAUCUGUCUGCUCUCAGGUUUGGACUGGAGCCAAGACAACAACGGCAGACACCCUGAUUUAAGGCAGAACCUGGAGGCCCCUGUGAUGUCUGAUAAAGAGUGCCAGAACACUGAACAAGGAAAAAGCCACCGGAACUCCUUAUGUGUCAAAUUUGUGAAAGUCUUCAGCCGAAUUUUUGGGGAGGUGGCCGUCGCUACCGUGAUCUGCAAAAACAAGCUCCAGGGGAUCGAGGUGGGACACUUCAUGGGAGGAGAUGUCGGAAUCUACACUAAUGUUCACAAAUAUGUAUCCUGGAUUGAGAGCAUCACUAAAGAAAAAUGACACCCUACUAAUCCCUCUGCAUCCCACUGGCUUUGUCAUUAACUCUACAAGCCACUACUUCCCUCAAAUUCAAAAUAAAAUUUCCAAGUGGAAAUGC